CAUAGCUUCACAGCGAGCACCCGGGCUAUAAAUAACCUACCAGUUGGAGCUCAGUUGAAGGGUCAGGACAGCUGAGGGAGUGGGCCGUGCCGGGGUUCAGCUGGUGUGGGCAAAUAGCAGACUGACUGCGUCUCUGAAUCCUUUUUCCAGGCUAGAAACUAAAACUCUGCUGUAAAGAAGAUCCGCUUUUUGUUUGAUUUGAAGCCCCUGAAAGGCUCUUCAAACUCCCCCCGCCAGGAACGAUGGCUCUGCCGAUAAACCCCAUGGACGAACCGAGGUUGUACCAGCAGACGUUGCUCCAGGACGGCCUGUUCGAGCUGCUGGAGAACGACAAGCUGGUCGACUGUGUGCUGAAGAUCAAAGACAAAGAGUUCCCCUGCCACCGGCUGGUCCUGUGCGCCUGCAGCUCGUACUUCCGCUCCAUCUUUCUGUCUGACCUGGAGGAGAGCAAAAAGAGAGAGAUCGUCUUAGAGGAUGUGGAGCCGGGCGUCAUGGGGCUGAUCCUCAAGUACCUGUACACUUCCAAAAUCAAUGUGACGGAGCAGAACGUCCAGGACAUCUUCGCAGUGGCUAACGUGUACCAGAUCCCUUCAAUAUUCACGGUUUGUGUGUCUUUCCUACAGAAGCGCCUGAGCCUCAGCAACUGUCUGGCUAUCUUCAGGCUCGGCCUCAUGCUGGACUGUUCCAGGUUAGCCAUCACUGCCCGAAACUACGCCUGCGAGCGCUUCCAGCUCAUCUCCAGAGAUGAGGAGUUCUUCCAGCUGCUCCCCAGCGAGUUGGCAGCCAUUUUAGCGAACGACAAUCUGAACGUAGAGACGGAGGAGGCCGUGUUCGAGGCCUUGAUGAACUGGGUGUCCCGGGACACCGAGAACAGAGAGAAAGAUCUGCCAGGUUUACUGGAUUGCGUUCGUUUGCGUCUGAUCAAGGAGGAUUACCUGAAGGAAAAGGUGGAGAAACACAAACUGAUCUCCAUGAAUUCUGAGCUGCAGCAGAAACUCCAGCUGGUUAAGGAUGCUCUCGCUGGGAAAAUGCCGGAGGUUAAAAAAAGCAGGAAGGAGGAAGGUGACGCAGAGAACGAUGGAGAGAAUGAGGAUGAAGAGGAGGAAGAAGGUCUUUUCCCAGGCAUCCUGAAUGACACCCUGCGAUUUGGCAUGUUUGCCAGGAACUUGAUUCUGAUGGUGAAUGAGGCCGGUGCUGUGGCCUACGAUCCGACAGGGAACGACUGCUUCCUCGCAUCUCUUUCCACACAGAUUCCCAAGAACCACAUCAGCCUGGUCACCAAGGAGAACCAGAUCUUUGUGGCGGGAGGGUUAUUCAUUGAUGAACAGAACAAAGAAGAUCCUCUGUGCUCUUAUUUCCUACAGUAUGACCCCGUCAGUGCUGAUUGGCUGGGGAUGCCCCCCCUCCCGUCUCCCCGCUUCCUGUUUGGGCUGGCCGAGGCUGAGAACUUCAUCUUUGUUUUGGGAGGGAGGGAACUGAAGGAGACGGAGCAGACGCUGGACUCAGUGGUCUAUGACAGAGAAUCUUUCAAGUGGGGUGAAUCAGAACCGCUUCCGUACCCGGUAUAUGGACAUGCGACUGUAUCCCACAAAGAUGUUAUUUAUGUGAUUGGAGGAAAGGGAGACAGCAAGAGCUGCCUGAGUAAGGUGUGCGCAUAUGACGCCCGGAGAUUUGAAUGGAAGGAGCUCGCGCCCAUGAAGGUCGCACGUUCUUUAUUCGGCGCCACCGUUCAUAAAGACAAAAUAUAUGUGGCGGCAGGAGUCACCGACACCGGGCUGACAGACUCUGUGGAGGUGUAUGACAUCGCUACCAACAAGUGGUCCGACUUUGUAGUGUUUCCCCAGGAGCGUAGCUCUCUGAUGCUGGUGUCUUUGGCUGGUUUGCUGUACGCUGUAGGAGGUUUCGCCAUGAUGCCUGUGGAGGACAGCGACGAGAUUAUUCCCAAAGAGAUGAACGACAUCUGGAGGUUUGAUGACACAAACAGGAAGUGGAAUGGGAUCCUCAGGGAGAUCCAGUACGCUUCAGGGGCCACCGUCCUGGGGGUCCGCCUCAACACCCUGCGUCUGACCAAGAUGUAAACCCCCUCCAGUCUCUGCUGGUUAACAAAGAAUCUGUGCAGUCUAACAUUAGUAGAGACGUAAAGCUUACUUUGGUGUUCAGUAUGCUGUAGCAGUUCUAAUUAUGUGAUUAAGGACAUUUUUAUAUGCGUGUGUUUCAGUGAUUCAGAUUUCAAAACUGUAAACAAUCUGUAGCCUGUUGACAUUUUUUUUGCACUGUAAUGAAAUAAAAUGUAAGUAUUUAACAC